UCUUAUUUAUAAAAAAAAAGAUUACCUAUACUCUAGCAUUUUCUUAUUCGGCUUGUCGUAAAUUUAAUUCAUGGUAUUCCUUUUAUUUCCUCAUAAGUUUUAAAUAUUCCACAUUCAUUAGAAUGUUAUUAACUAUUCACAACUUACCUGCUAAUGUGAGUAUUUAAUUUGGACGACACAAAAAGAGUACUUUUUAGCUCGACAUCGACUAAGGCCCGCUAUUGUGAUGUGAAAGCUCUAAUUAUUGAGAAAUGCAACUUGACAGAUAUAAUAUUAGACAAACUUUUACCUGAGGGUAGCAGUAAGAAAAUAACAGUUGGUGUGACUAGUGAAUAUGAUGCAAAUCUGUUGUAUUCUAAAUUGAAUGGAUUGUAUGUAGAAGGACUACAAUUGUAUGUUGAAGAUAUAGGACAAAAAAACCCUCCAAGAGUAAACAUGUCAGAUUCAAGACAGGAGAGAAGAUAUGACAGUUAUGACCAAAACCAACAGGGUCAAUACAAUUAUCAACAAUAUAGUAACCAAACACCACAGAACUAUCAAAAUAAUCAGGCAGGUCUGAACCCAUAUCGUGCAAUAUCAUCGUCAGUACCUUAUAACCAACAAAUGGCUAAGCCACUUAUGCCUCCAAUACCUAACAAUUACAUGAGUUACAAUAUACAACAGCAGCAGCCAACUCCUUUGCUAGUCCAGUAUCCAGUUCCCGUUCCCAUUCAGCAGGGAAGUGGUAAUAAUUAUUCGUUUAAUCGAAGCGACGGCAAUCGUUCGUAUAAUACGGAUGACAGGAGAUCUAAUAACGAUUCAUCGUAUACCAAUCGUAAUUCGGGCUGGGACCAGUCGGAUCGAGAUAAUAAGGGACGGGUUCAGAUGUGGGAUGGUAACAAAGACUCCAAGUAUAAGCCAGAAGAUGCAUUUAAUAAAGAUCACGACGAUGUAAAGGGAAGGAAGCGAACUUUUGAUGAUUACGAUCAAUCGCGCGGUGGCCCCGCUAAAUUUCAGCGGAACACCCCGUUUAAUAAUCCCCCGAGAGCUUUGCCUAAUCAAGAAGCAUCUACUUCAAAUAUUUACGGCAAACACGCGACUAAUAACUAUAGCAAUAAUUCGAAUAAACCGAAUGUGAAUACCAAACCUAAUAUACCAAAAUCCUAUUUUCGCAUUGAAGGACCUAGCACUUUCUACCAGAAAGAUACUUUUAAGGGCAAUUAUUAUAAAUCGACUCUGAAGCCCGAAAUAGACCAAGUCAAAAGAUUACAAAUGACGCCAGCUGAAGUCAAGGAGUCACGCAAAAAGGCUGCCAACAGGGAUGACACAUUCCGUCAUCAAGCGGUCAUUGAAAUCGCUACAGAACUGUUAAAUGCACGAGGCUUUACCAGUGUGGCUAGAAAGAAAGUAGGAUUCAUAGAGAUGAAAAAAAUUAUUCGUAAGCGACUCGACCAAGUGUUGGGCGAUAAAAUUGGAUUGGAGAAAAAUUUGAUGAAACUAAAAUAUAAAAAGAGUUUCCCCUUUGAAGCUGAUCAAAAACUUUGUGCUUUGUACACGGAGAGUCGGCCCGCAGAAGGAACUCUUGCUCCCUCUUCAGAUCCGAAAACCACAAAGGUAAAUAAUACUUUAUUUACAAAAGAAGAUGAAAAGCGAUACCAAGGUCUCGUCGAAGCCAAGAAGCCCGCAGCAGCAGCUGCAGCUGCAACCACAGCUGAUUCUGCCACCACAGCUGUUAAACCAGAUCAAACUGCUACACCAAAUCAAACGAAUCAAGCCCCCGCGAAGCCAGGAGCCCCUGCUAGACCCGCCCCGAUUAGUUGGGUCCAAAAAUCGGCAUUCACUCCGAAGCCAGCCCCAAAGAAGAAAUCAGCUCCCGCAUCUUUCUUGAAGCCAGAUAAAAAGACUGCGUGUGAACAAAGGCAGCUGAUGAAACAAGAAUAUCUAUCAGACAACUGUUACGUUUUGCCGCCAAUAUUGAAUGAAGCCCUCGAUAAGGAGAUGAAGGCUUUAUCCGAUUUGUACCUGGAGACAUGCAAGCCUGCAAGCAAUACUUCAGAUGAGGCCAGUGUCCUUAAAAAAGUCGUCGAGGCCUUGGGUGAAUUCGAAUGGGCGAUAAAACUACAACUAACAAAGCGAUUGCUGAACAUUCGGACAAACCUGAGUCUUCGUAUAUUCUCGUUGGGGAAGCGUACCACGCGUGAAGCAGUGGCGAUGUUCCUGGUCCGAUACGGCGUGAUUGCUGUGAAGAAGUCCGGAAAUAAUAAAGAUUUCUUCAUAGCCGACUGUGACUCUUACGAGAGUUACGACGAACUGUGCGCCAUGGGAAAUAUCCUGAUGGAUUCAGGUCAGACAACAUUAGCAGCGAAACCUCUGCACGUGACCAUGCCAGUUAAGUACUGGAACAAAAAUCUGCAGAAGAAAACUUCAGAAUACAAUCCGCCUGGAGGCUACCAGAAAAAUAAAGAAUUUUACGAAGAUUUAGAUGUGAAUUUUGGCCCCCCAGCUGAUGCAGUGAAAAGUGAGCGUAAUGAUAAUAACGCUAGUGAAGACAGCAAGACUGCUGCAGAAACAAGUGAUGAUUUGAUUGAAGUAACCAGUGUUGAUAAUAAAGAAAUAAUUGAUGUUGACGCUGAAGAAUGUAAUGACGGUGAUAAAGACGAAGGUAUAAAAGCCAAUGGAAAUGAAAAUGGCGCUGACUUCGAAAGCAAUGAUAAUACUGGUGAAAAAGUUGCUGAUGAAGGUACCAACGAGGAUACAUCUAAAGAUGUCACUGGUGAGGAGGAUGUUGAUGAUAUUGAAUUGAAUGAGGAUGAUUUAGAAGAUUAUUGAUUAAAUAGUGUGUGAGUGAAAAAAUAAUAUAUCUAUCUAUUUUAAGUCUAGUAUGGUCUGCAUAUUGGAUACAGAGAUUAUAAAUGUUUUGUCAUAGUUUACGAGUACAUUUUACCUGUUAAAAUGAAGCAAUUAUUUUAUUUGGUGCCUCUACCGUUCUUCUAUUGUAAUACAUUUAGACUCUGAAGUAGACAAAUUAAUAACAAAAACAGUAAAUAUUAAAUAAAUUAUAUAUCUGUCUAUCUAAAUUGUUUAAAUGUAACUGUAACAAGAACUGCAUCAAUAGUAUCUAUUAUUAUUAGAUAAGUACAUAGAUAGUAAGUUUAAUAUAGCAAUAUGCUAGAUUGGUAACAUUCUGUUUUUCAAUAAAAAGUAUUUCAUUUAUA